GCUGAAUCAAGCUUAUUACAUAUCAUAUUGAAAAAUUCGACUCACUUUCUCAUACUUUUAGAUGCAUGCACCCUAUAACAGAUAAAUCUGUUUCCUGUGCCUGUAGUUUCUUGUCAUGAAGACAAUGUAACAGUAAACAGAUCAAUCUGUGUUCAGUGUGUUAUUUUUUUAAGAAAAAAAAAAGUCAGUAACAGUAAAGAGCUGAAUACUAGCUCAAAAAGUAAAGUAGGAGGGAAGUAGAAGGAGCUCAGCAUACUUGAUGGGUGUGCCUUCCUCCUCCCAGUUACUAGCUAGACACUGUUGGAUUGCAGAGACUUGUGUGCUAGUUUUGUUGUGAACAAUUCGGAAAUAUUCCUUCUGCUUUUUACAUUACAACAAAAUGUUGGUGGUGACUCCUACUCCUAGGAUAUGAGGCACUGACUCAAAGAAGUCACAUCUGCACUUUGUUUAACCUGGAAGUGAGAUCUCCGAGAAGAGGCAGCUCUGCACAGCAAAAUAUUCCGAACAGUUUGGCAUCCAAUAGUUUUGGGAGCCGGAUUUUCCUUACUCUUGUGCUCAUCUGAUGUACCUGGGACCACGGCCCUUGCUCAUUCCGUGGCUUCCGCUGGAGGGUGUGCUGAGUUCAUUGUGAUCUGGGUCUGCAUGCUGCUAAUGUCCAGGAUGAAGACCUAUCUUUCUGUGUAUUACCUUAUACAAUUCUGUGGUCAUUCAUGGAUUUUCACCAAUAUGACAGCCAGGCUGCUUUUCUUUGGAAAAGAUUCAUAUGCAGAUACAUUCCAUGCAAUUGGACUGAUAAUGCAAGUCUGCCAGUUACUUUCUGUCCUCGAGCUAAUACACCUUAUAGUGGGUAUAGAGCAAGAAUCAUUUCUGCCAAAAUUUUCUCAGAUUACAGAAAGACUAGUCAUCUUGUUUCUGGUGAUCACAAGCCAAGAAGAAGUACAGAGUAAAUGUAUAGUCUGCCUUCUCUUUUUCCUCUGGAAUCUGUGGGAUGUUAUCAGAUACCCAUACCUUUUGUUAUCUGCUGUAGGAAUAGACUACCCAGCUCUAACAUGGCUGUACCAUACACUAUGGAUUCCAGUCCACCCUUUGUCUCUGCUAGCUGAAGUGUACACAGUCUAUGAAUCACUGCCUUAUUUUGAAGCCCUUGGCACAUUUUGCUAUACACUCUCACUGCCAUUUGCAGUUUCCAUUCACUUCCCUUACAUUUUGAAAGUAUAUCUGGUUCUUUUACCAGCAGGUGUUUUGUACACAUGCAGCCAUCUCUACAGUAAAAGAAAAUUGUAUCUAAAGCACCAAGAGUUAAAACUUAAAGUGAAGUGACAGAAGUAAGUAUUGGACUUGGACGAUAAGUGUUGACUUGUUGUUACUGCUGAACAUCUGUUACAAAGCUGAGAGGAGCUAAUAUUCCACCUGUUUACAUCAUUUCCUAAAACUGGUAUUUGUUCAUGCUUAACAUGCAGUCUUAAAAAACGGAAAGGUUCAAUUAAAUGAACCUUGGGUAUAAUUGUAAUACUAAUAAUAUUCAUUUUAAAGAUGAAAAGUGGAAAUCACUUUGUAAGUGUUAAAUAAACAUAUUGCAUAAUGACUAUGUUUAUGAUCAAUGCUACAUAAUAAUUGCUUGCUGUAUAAAAAUAAAACUUUGCAC